GCAUCAGGGUACUCCCCAGUGAAGGGCAAGAGGAGGGCUAAGUCAUCUACCUCCUGAAGGUGAGAUGAGAACUCUUCCUCAGUAGACUGGUCUUCAGGAUAAAGUCACUCCAACAACACGGCAUUGUCUUUUAGCAGUCAUCAGAUACACUCAAGAUAGUACCUUGGCCCCCACCACUCACAAGCUAUGUGAUCUGAGGCAAGUCACAUCAAGCCUCUGAGCCUCAGUUUCCCCCAUCUGUCAGAUAGGAAUAGAAUAAUAACUGCCUCCUGGAUUUGUAGUUAAGACUUACAAGUAAAGGUACAAGCAAAGGACUGGCAAAGAAAAAGCAUCUAUACCGCAUUGCUUCUAAGACAUACUGUUCAGUACCAGGGUGUAUGGUGUAGUGGGUGAUUAACUAUCUGAUGUUACUCCAAAGAAUGUGUGUCUCAGUGCCUCAAAUUUCACCAUUAGAGAUUUAGUCCUCUGACUCUGUGGUCUUCUGGAGUCCCUGCUUAAAAGGCCCAGGGAACCAGCCUCUAGGUGAGAUUUCAGCAGUUCUGUACCACGAAGCUUCGGCUGCCUGACCGGGACAAUGUCUGGACACCAAGCAGGCCGUCCCAGCCCCAGUAACCACAAUGCGUCCUUCAUGGCCCAGACUCAAGGCUGGCCCCACGGCCCCAGCACGACCGGGGCGAGCAACCUCAAGCGCUCUCGGACCCCGAGCGGCUCCGAGGCCAGCAGCAGCCCUUCGGAGCCCACCGACAGGCGGAGCUCCCCCAGACCGCCGCUGAGGAGAAUCUGCAUGGGCCGGCCCUACAACUCCAAGUGCGUGGAGACAAGCCACCUGGCGAAGGGCCCCAGGGUGGCCAGGAAGCCCACGUGUCGCGGCAACCCCCACUGCCUGCUCCGUACAGAUCGCCCCUUGGGUCCCUCUAACCCCACCUUCCUGGAUCAGCUCAUCAAAGGCAUCAGCUACCUCGACAGAUCCACCAAUGCCUUCUACAGCAACUACCCUAAGUCCCUGAGCCGGCCGAGGCUUGCGGCCAACUACCUGGAGCGCGCCGCCAACUCCAUCCACCCGGACCACCCGGACCACGCCUCCCCCCGCAGGUGCUGUAACCCCAGCAGCGGAGCGGCCUCCUUCGACUACCCCUGCGGCAGCACCUGCGUGGUACCGUCCGGCAGGGCUGUCAACGCCGUGCAGUACAUGGAUAACUCCGCCAACACGAGCCGGAACCUCACUCCCAUCCUGCCCCAGAGGUCGGGGAUAAAGCUACCUGAGCUCCCUCUGUUCGGCAACGGGAUCUUUUCCUUAGGUUGCCUGCCCAAGUUCUGGGAAGCCAUCCGCUCGGGCUGCAGAGUCCCCGAGCCCAUCUCUAAACCCUCCAGCUGGUGGUGACAUCGACGCCAACCGCGAAGGGGGCACAUGUCCAUCAGGUCGCGGUUGCGGAAAAUAAAUUGUCUGUGGCAAAAUG